GCCGGAAGUUGCCCUGUUGCUUCACCUUCCCUCGGUCUAAUUAAAGAGUUAUAAAGAGAGGUUCUGGAGCCGGCUUGGUCCCUAGGUGGCCGAAUGGAGACCGAGACCGUACACGGGCUGCUGAGCCGCUGCCCGACCCUGGCCUCUUCCUGGGAUGCCGCGUGCGGAGCCUUGGCCCAGGCUCUCCAUCUCACCCGGGAUGGUCUUGGCGCCCGGGAUGCCGACUGGGAGGAGCUGCUGGCGUCGCCCGCCGCAGGCCAGGACCUGGUGAUUUUGCAAAGGAACCUGAACAGCCAAGAUGAAAACCCCUGCUUCCUUCACCUGCGAUGUGACCCUCAUGGAGGUGAAGAAAUCGUUUCUAUUGGCAUUUUAAGCUCAGCAAGAAAUAUGGAAGUAUACUUAGGAGAGGAGUACUGUGGAACCAGUAGGGGCAAGAAUGUUUGUAAUGGUCUGGAUAACAGUGAACAUGAAAAGAUUACUUUAUACAAAAAAUAUCUAAAAUUGGAGUCUUCCACACAUGCUUGUAAAAUAAAGCUGCUCUCCUUUGGUGAAAAGAACUGUGUGUUCAUCAGUAAAGUUGUGGUACACGUGAGGCCAGUCUCGGCACAUUCUUCAGCAGGCUCUCCUGCUCUAGGAUCAAAGAUAGACCUGGAGAGGGUCCAAACCAUCAUGGAGUCCAUGGGGUCAAAGUUAUCACCUGGAGCUCAGCAGUUGAUGAAUAUGGUGAGAUUCCAGCAGCAGAAUUGUGUUGCCCUCGGAGAGCAGCUCCAGUCGAUCCUGGGAAACGCGGGACACAGGCACGCGCCGGGACUGCAGUCCUCGUCUGCUCCGGGAGCCUUCGACAAGUCAUCCUCCACACCUUUUCCUUUCAGAACUGGGCUGACAUCUGGAAACGUGGCUGAAGACUCGGAAGCUAACACUGAGAAAAGUCUGCAGCCAGCUGGUGGAGGAAGUCUGAGCAGCCUCCAAGAGUGUAAAAUUGUGCCACAAAGCUGUUCUCUUCUUGAGAAUGACCUGAAGAAUGCAGUAUCUUCUUUCUUAUCAAAGAAAGCAAGUGACAGCUCACACAUACCUAACUCGGAGUUGCUGCCUUUUCUCCAGAAUUUGUGUGGUCAGGUGAGCCAUCUCCGGGUGGGACCCGGCAUCAAGUGGCAGGACAGCAUCCCGAAGCCCGGCGGAGGCACUGGGGGUGUCACAGUAGAAGAGCAACCUGAUUGUUCCUAUUUGGAAAAGAUUCUUUCUAAAAAUAUGGAACUGAUGGAAAAGAAACUUACAGACUACAUUGGUCAGCGAAUAUAUAAACUCCAGGAGCACAUAGAUAAUAAGCUUGCUUUGUUAAUGGACUUGCUGCAACGUCCCAACUCCCCACCCUCUGGGUUGCCUCUGAGACAUUAUGACUCUGGAGAAGGACUUUCAAAUGGAGAAAGAUAAAUGCUCAACGUGUACAAAGUACUACAGAUAUUUAUUACACAUUUAUUAGAAAGCCAAACCCUACCCCAGAAAGUUUAUGAAAAGCAAGUAUUUAAUGUCCUUUGAAAUAUUACCACUUAGGUGAAGUGACCUCAGUGUUCAUUUUCCUGCACACGUUGUAAAUCCAGUACUGUACACUAAGUUAACAUGGUGGGAUCUUCAGUUGUUUUUGUUUGUAAUAUUUUUCACUCUUACUGAAAUUUAUGUAUACUUCUGGAUUAAAUGUUUAAGAUUUUAAGGAUUUCUAAAGCAGUUCAUUAGUGUGUAUUGUGUACGUGUUUUGUUGAAGUACCUUUUUUUGAUACAAAGACUUUUUACAGUCUUAGGAGUCUGAAAAUAAUGCUUAGAGUAUUUGAUAAUUUUUCUUUUUCUAAUUGUUUUUGAAAAAUUGGAUCCUUAAGACUUGGAAACUUUCAUUAAAAUCAAGAGUUGACAUUUUGUAUUGUUUAUCUCAGGUAAUGAGGAAAAUGCAGUGUUUGGCAUGUGUGAAAGUAGUUUACACUGACGUUAAUAUUAUUGGUUUCAGUGCAGUGUCAUAGCAGAGAGGGAAGUACCAAUGAGAGCUAGUCUAUUCCUUGUUAGGAAUGUUAUUUUAGAUCUAGUGUUUGAUGUAAAAUGAGAGAAGUCGUUUUAUUUUAUCUCAAUCAAUCCAAAAGAUGCAAGGAACUGUUUUCCUUUCUGGACUGGUACAGGUUCCUCUUUCCAGAACCCUUUUCUGUAUAUUUAAAGCAUGAAAUUCUGAGGAUCUGCAUUGAGGGUUGAGGCAUAUGAAUCAAGGAGAUUGCAGUUCUCUCAGGCAGACUUAAUUUUUAGAAAUUAUAACUAUCAUAUGUGUGUUGAAGGGUGAUGAUUCACAUUUAAAAAUUAAAUGUAUGCACUCUGGAAA